UCUUAAAUCUGUCUUCCGUUCUAUUCUUUCGAAGAGCGCAGGACCCAACAAGAGAAAAUCGAACCCACGCCGACGCCGAGGCGCUUGAGAAAUAAUUCUCAAAUCAUAAUGAGCCCUCUCCUUUUCCAAAGAAAAAGAAGAGAAGUAUACAUGAGUAAGUAUUUCAUCAAAAAGACUAAAUCUAGCUAGUACCAAAGAACAAGAAAAGUAGGAAAGGUAUUCAAAUACAACAGGUGAAAGUGAGUUAAUAGGUCUUGAUCUGCUCAAACUCAAUCGACUGACUCCGCCUUUUCCAUCUUCUUCAUAAAAUGGACCUCGAUGCCUAUGUCAAGGUCCGAGAGGGCACCUUGCGCGAGGAGUACUACACCUACCUCGACUCACACCCCGAGCUGCAGCAAGUUUUGACGGAUUUCUUAUCGGCCAUCGUCGUGCACACGCCUGAUGAUGUUUACCAGUUCGCAUCAGAGUACAACUACAAAUUCUAUCUCAAAUGCUAAUGCUAUUUAGAUAAAGAUGGGUGAGGGUGAAGAAGUUGUUGUGGGUGCAUGAUGAUGAUGAUGAUCGAGAACUCGUCGACUUGAAGAUAUAAUUAGUAAUUGUCCCGUAGUCUAAUAUUAUAGUCGAGACGUAUGGUCAAUCUCAAUUGUAAUUAUUGCGUAACUAACUAUUUCUGACAGAUAUUUCGCGCCGUUCAAGGAGCUCGAUGGAGAUGCGAAGUAACGUACGGCAGGAGCUAGAACCCACACAAAAUGAAUUUCAUGAUGCCUGGACCUCUGCCAUAAGAGCUAUAAUUGUGUCCCCCACGCUUCUUUCCCUGAUUUCUCCUAAACCUUGAGCAGCCAGAAUUGCUGAAUACUGAAACUUGGACUCGAACGAAACCUGUUUUUGUAGCGCACCUUCACCAGAGAGCAAGUAAUACCACUUGUUGUACUGAUAACACGAUCAUCAAGACCACGUGUUACUUCCUA